AUUCCCGAAGAAAAAUAAAUAUUUGAUCUAAACAUGAAAAACUCUAUUUCCAAAAAUUGCAAUCGUAUUUUGGAACUCGAGCUGGAGGAAGAGAUCUAAAAGUUAUUUGAUUGUUCUGGAUCGAUCCUGUUCAACUAUCUCCACCAUCCGAUCGUUGUUAUCAUUGAAGUAUCAUCUAGAAAUCGAUCUUCUGGAAUAUAGAGAGGUGACUUGAAAUAAAUAAGUUUUUUUUACAUCUUACAUGGAUUAAGAAUGCCAGAGUUAAGAAGCGGAGCUAGGAGAUCGAGACGCCUUGAAGAUCAGCCUAACCCUCAGGUAGUUGAGCAAGCUGAAAAUAUCGUUCCUCCUCCUCCCCAGACUGCAACAAGGAGGAGAGGUGGUGGUAGAGGAAGGGGGAAUGCUGCUUUAGCUAAGGCGGCUGUACCUCCGAGACCAACCCCUGCCGGUAGGGGCAGGGGUAUCAGGUUGAGAGACUUAGAGCCAGAGCCUUGUGAGGUUCUUCCAGCUGCUGGUGCUUUAGGGGCCACUGAACCUGCUUUGAAUCGAGUUGAAGGGGUAGCUGAUCAGGAUAUUGCUGGGGAAGGUGGUGGUAGCCCGGAGAAAAUAGCAGGCAUGGAAGAUGAUUCCAGCAUGGCUCCAGUCCCUGAAAGGGUACAAGUUGGAAGUUCUCAUGUUUAUAAGAUGGAGAGGAAACUCGGUAAGGGUGGCUUCGGUCAAGUUUAUGUUGGCAGAAGGGUGAGCGGUGGUAGUGAUAGGAUUGGAGCAGAUGCAAUUGAGGUAGCUCUGAAACUUGAACACCGAAAUAGUAAAGGAUGUAAUUUUGGCCCACCUUACGAGUGGCAAGUAUACAAUACGCUCAAUAGCUGUUAUGGAAUCCCUGCUGUACACCAUAAAGGUCGUCAAGGAGAUUUUUACAUCCUGGUCAUGGACAUGCUCGGCCCUAGUCUCUGGGAUGUUUGGAACUCUUUGGCUCAAUCGAUGUCACCAAACAUGGUAGCGUGCAUUGCAGUGGAGGCGAUAUCUAUUCUUGAGAAACUGCACAUGAAGGGGUUUGUGCAUGGAGAUGUCAAACCAGAGAACUUUUUACUUGGUCAGCCUGGAACAGCAGACGAGAAGAAACUCUACCUUAUCGAUCUUGGUCUGGCAUCAAGAUGGAAAGAUUCACACUCAGGGCAGCAUGUUGAAUAUGAUCAAAGACCAGACGUAUUCAGGGGAACGAUAAGGUAUGCAAGUUGUCAUGCACAUCUUGGUCGAACUGGAAGUCGGAGGGAUGAUCUGGAGUCAUUAGCUUAUACACUGAUAUUUCUGAUGCGGGGAAGGUUACCAUGGCAAGGGUACCAGGGUGACAACAAAAGCUUUCUUGUUUGCAAGAAAAAGAUGUCAACCUCUCCUGAACUGAUGUGCUGUUUCUGUCCUCCCCCGUUUAAGUUGUUUCUCGAGGCAAUUACUAAUAUGAAGUUUGACGAGGAGCCCAACUAUGCAAAGCUUAUCUCGAUCUUUGAUACUCUUAUUGAAACAUGUGCUAUAUCUAGACCGAUUAGAAUUGAUGGGGCUCUUAAGGUUGGCCAAAAACGAGGAAGAUUGGUUAUCAAUUUGGAAGAGGAUGAACAGCCGAGGAAGAAAAUCAGAAUCGGCAGUCCUGCUACCCAAUGGAUCUCAGUCUAUAAUGCACGUCGUCCUAUGAAACAGAGAUACCAUUACAAUGUUGCAGAAACAAGGCUGCAGAAGCAUGUGGAGAAAGGUACCAAGGAUGGCCUUUUCAUAAGCUGUGUAGCAUCAGCAGCUAAUCUCUGGGCCCUCAUCAUGGAUGCUGGGACUGGGUUCAGCUCUCAAGUUUAUGAAUUGUCGACAGUCUUCUUACAUAAGGACUGGAUCAUGGAACAAUGGGAAAAGAACUUCUAUAUCAGUUCCAUAGCUGGUGCUAAUAACGGUAGCUCAUUGGUCGUUAUGUCGAAAGGAACUCCUUACACCCAGCAAUCUUACAAAGUCAGCGACUCAUUCCCAUUCAAAUGGAUAAAUAAAAAGUGGAAAGAAGGGUUUCAUGUAACCUCCAUGACCACUGCUGGAAGUCGUUGGGGUGUAGUAAUGUCCAGGAACUCUGGCUAUUCUGAACAGGUGGUGGAGCUUGACUUUUUGUACCCGAGUGAAGGAAUCCACCGAAGGUGGGAGAGUGGAUUCAGGAUAACAUCAAUGGCUGCAACAGCAGAUCAAGCGGCUCUCGUCUUGAGUAUACCUAAACGAAAAAUAACCGACGAAACCCAAGAGACUCUCAGAACUUCUGCUUUCCCAAGCACCCAUGUUAAGGAAAAAUGGACGAAAAAUCUGUACCUUGCAUCAAUAUGCUAUGGUCGGACCGUCUGCUGAGCUUCUCUAGAAGCCUUACAACGUGAAGCUUUGGUUUCAGUAUUAGGAGCCAACAACAUAUGUGUGUAACUGCGCAAUUGAGUUGAAAUUUGUUUCGUACGUAUGUGUAAAAACAUGCGUCGUUAAUAGAAUUGAAGAGGUCGAAGAGAUUAUGGCGCUUUGGCUUAUUGCUUAA